GUAAGCGGCAAAUGAAGUCGGGUCCGGGUACAAAUGGUUUCCCACCAGAAAUAAAUCCUUAGAGUUGGAAGGGGUCAUGCGGCAGCAUGCGCACAUGGGGCACUACUCUUCACUGGUAGAAGUCAGUCUUCCUACUUUAUCUGCUCCCUCAUCUCUCCCUACCAAAACACUUCAUUACCCUUUUCUCAACUGCACCUUCUCCUUCCAUAGUUCUGCUUCUCUUUCCUCUUUGGAUAUGGACAACCAAGAUUACAGAAAGACUGAUCAUGUUUCAGGGCAUGAGAGUCAUGGGGUUCAUCUGUGUCACAAAUGCGGCUGGCCUUUUCCUAAUCCACAUCCAAGUGCUAAGAACAGGCGUGCUCACAAGAGGGUCUGUGGAACCAUUGAAGGCUACAAACUGGUUGACUCAGGGGAGAUCAACCAUGGUGCUGCUUCUGAUGAUGACCACCUAUCUGAUGAAGAUCAGAAAACCCCUGUUCCAAAGGUUUUGGAUGGUAAUGGGGAGAAAAAUAUUGCCGGAAUUGGAACUGUAUCAAAUAGAUCUGAAGGUGAAGUGUUUUCUGAUGCUGUUGCGGAAUUUCAAGAUAGUGGAUUUUGUCCAGGAAGCUCAAACACUCAGGACAAUGCCAGCAAUCCAGCAGAUAGGGUUUCUGGGAAGGAUCUGGGUCCCAACCCGUCUUUUAAUGAUUGUGCAAAUACUGAUAUUAUUCAAUCACCAGAGAGUUCAACUGAGAGAAGUCAGGGAACAUGUACCAUGUCAGGGAGAACGCUAGAUUGCCACGAUCAUGCCUCAAGUUCCAAAGAACCUGUUGACUUGUUUAUUGAUGGUAGUAAUGUUUUGGAGCAGCAUAUCAAACUUGAAACUUCAGCAGAUGCAUCAGAAGACAGUAAGAACAUCACCACAAGUGAUGGCAUGGCAGAAUGCUCAAUGUUUGUUGGCCAAGAGACUGAUGCCGUGGCAAACAAAGAAAUCAAUGUAGGCACAAACCUCCUGGAUGAUGUUGGUUCACCAAUUAAUCAUGCAGGUGAAACAUCCGAGCAAGCAUCUAAAUCUGAAAAGAGUUUUAAGAUAGAGUCAGGUACAGUGUUGACAGAUGGUGUGGUUCAAUUGGAGGAAGAUUUGCAAGAGACUGCUGGAAAGGGAAAUCCGGGAACUAAUAUGGAAGGAAAUCUAAUGGGUGCUGCAAUCUCACAGGGCAAAGAUGUGAACAUAACUUAUGAUACAGUAUUGAAUGCAGAGAAGAAAGAGGAGGUAACUCCACAUAUUGAACUGGCAGAUGAAAUCAUUCGAGUGGAGCAAGGGCCUCAGAGAGUGUUAGCUUCUAAUGUUGCUGCAGGUGAUUUUUCCCCGAAAGCUGAAUCCACUGAGCAUAUCAGUGCUUCUCUUGAUACUGCUUAUAGCAAGGUGGAUGCAACACAAACUACAGAGUUUCUCAAUUCAAAUGAGUAUUGCAACAAAAAGGGAUAUGCAGUUGGAGGUGCACAUUUGCUUUCAGUUCCUGGUGAUAUCCCUAUUGUAGAUCAUGCUGAGAUGAUGCCUGAAGAUAUCAAAGAUCAUAAGAAAGUACAUUUAUAUCAAUCUGUACCCUUAGCUUCUGGGGAAAUAGACCGCAAUAGGGAAGGUGAAAUUCAAGAUUCCCUUUCUGAGUCAAGAAAAUUGGGAGGUGUUGAUGUCUCUGCUUCAGAUGUGCAUGUUUUGGGAGGUAGCUUUAAACAUGAAGAUUGGAACAGCAGGCCUAUGGUAGCAGAAGAAGUUAGUGGUGAAGAUGUGCUGAAGGUCAACGUAGGAUCAGAUAAAAUAGGGGGCUCUGUUACAACAAAGAAUGAGAUAUGCUCUCCUGAAAAGCAGAAGCUUAAUGAUACUUGUGAUGAUUUAAGACAACCAGCUUACUGUGGGACUGCAACAAGAAUCUUCUCUGAUAUGAAUCCUUCUGUUGCUUCUGUGGAUUCUGAAGUCAAUCAAAUAGCCAAUAUGGUUUCCUCUAAUGAUGAUGCUGAACAUGAAGAGGCUGAAACGGGAGGAUGCAAUAUUGCUUACAAUGACAGAAAAGAUGAUAUGGAGCACAGUGUUGAAAGCAUGAUAAACUCUAUAGAAUCUGCAAGAAAUCUUUCUAAAUCACAUGUUCACCCUUUAUCUGGCUUACUCGAAGAUGAUAAUGCUGGUGAUCACGGAAAUGCAGAAACUGAAAAUUUUGAUAUCAAUCAAGUUGAGAGUGCUGAAGCACAGAACAAUGAAGAUUUUUCAACAAAGACAAACUCCAUAUCUGAAUUGGCCAGCAAUCAUCAAGAAAACCAAGUUAAUCUGGAGGAUGUGAAUGAUGACUGCCUGAGGAAAUUACAAGAGACAGACAGCACACAUGUCAAUGAAGUUUCAAAGAUUCCUGAAGAAUUCAAGGAACAUGAAAUGAAUGGCACUGGGGAAGUACAAGGGGACCGUGCUGCUGAAUUCUCACUGGCUAUUGAAUCAAAUAAUAGUGGAGGACCUGACUCCCAGAAAAAUUCUGAGGGCCAGACAAAGAUAGAAUCACCAUCAGAGGGCCAGACAAAGAAAGAGCUACCAUCAUUUCCUGUAGAUGUUGGGGCCACCAUUCAGAGUUUGCCUCCUGUUGAAAACAAUAAUACUAGGGAGUCUGGAGAGGCAUCAUAUGGUGUUGGUUUUCACUCUUUGCAUGGAGAAGUUGGCAAUAGCUUCAUUAAACAUCAACUAGACACAACUGCAGUUGAUGCUUCUGUAGAAUCAAGUAGUCAAACUGACAGUUUAGAAGGCAACUGGGGAUCCGUUUCAGUUCUUUCAACUCCAUCAGAUAUCCCAACCAGCAUAGACACUAAUGCUUUACCGUCAACUGAUUCCCAACCACCUUCAGAAGCAGAGAAGGGUAACGUAAAGAAGCCAGAAGUGGCAUCUGAGAGACAACAUCCUGAUAAAUCAGAUUUAUUUGAGCCACCUUCUUUCAUGACAUUGGUUGAACCUGGAGGCAGUGGCCAAACUGUUGCUGCUUCUGAAAUGCAGAUAAGAAAGAACCCAGAACAGCUCAAAGCUUCUGCUAUGCAAGCUGGCUGGUUUCCUUCUCUUACUCACAUGUCAAAUGAGUCUCAAGGAAGGAAGAAGAAUGAAGAGAUCAUUGCAAAGGUAACAAACUGGAAUGUGAAGCAGAACACUCCUCUGAAGAAUCUUUUGGGUGCGGCCAACUUUGAAAACAAACCCACAUCACCUAACCCAAAGAAUAACCCGUACACUGUGAUUCAAAGAGAUGAAAAUUUUUUGAAAGAUAAUGGAGACUCUGCCAUGAAAGUGAGCUCGGUUCUAGGUCAUGAAGCACCUGUAGGUAAGGCUGCCAAGACAGAAGCAGCAAAAGAAUGGGAUUCUCCAGCAAGGUAUCCAUCUGACAUCAAGAGAGGAGAGAGGAAAGUCAAGAGGAGACCUUACUGGGCACAAUUCGUAUGCUGUUCAUCUGUAAAUUAGUAUGCCGCCCGCCGCACUACUUGUAGUUAAGUUUCCAUCCUUGAAUAAUGGAUUUGGUGUACUUUAAUGGAACACUGCAGUGCUAAUGACUUGCAGAAAAGUUAAGAGGAAUCUAUGCGGCACACUAGUAAACUUAAUACAAUAGUUACCAAUGUUCAUGUUCUGGCAUUAGGAAAUUUUUUGGCUCCAAGUUCCAACAACAAUAAUAAGAUUCUUUAUUUUGU